CAUGUGGCCACUCAGGCUGGGGCUGGCUGGAGGACUUCAGCACAGCCCACACCAGCUCUCACGGAGAUUCUGGGUGCUGGUUUGAAGUCAUGAAACGCCAUCUCAUGGAGCACAGGGGAGAACAGACACCAAUCAAUGGGACCGCCGUGGGCGUGGCCAGCCCAGACACCACAGAAGAGAGCACAGGAGUGUGCUGGCCAGGGACCAUGAAGAGGAAUGAGCCAUCUCCGCGGCCAGGGCCUGCCUGCCUCCCAGAGGACGACAUCUACUUGGCAUCCCGGGCACAGGGGGUGCUGGGCUGGAGCAGCUCUCCAUCAACCCAGUCGUCCUCCGAGUAUCAGUCUUAUUCUCAGUACCAGUCCUGGGACUCUAGCAAGUCCGAGGUGCAGCAGGAGACCCCACCUGAGAGCGUGUGCGCCCUGUAUACCCACGUGCAGACCGUGCGCGGCGUGGCAGUGGCUUGGGAAACUGACGAUGGCUUUGAGCCAGUCACCAGGAAGCCCCUUAUCCGGGAGGCCGAGUUCAUCAAGCGUCAGCGGCGGAAAGGCUCCUCCUUCGAGAUGGCCUCCAACACAGACCUGCGCUGGGAGCUGGAAGCCUGCAAGCACUACUGCCCUCAGACUGAGGACACUGUGGACUGCUGCAUGCAGGAGCUACGAGCACCACCAGACUGGCUGGUCACCACCAACCAUGGCUUGCGCUGUGUGGCCUGCUGCAGAGUCUUCCCUACGUUGGAGGCGCUGCUGGACCACGCUCAGCAUGGCAUCCGAGAUGGCUUCAGCUGCCAAAUAUUCUUCGAAGAGAUGCUGGAAAGGAGGCGGGCCCGGGAUCAAAGGCAGGACCAGCAGCCUGUAGAGGAGGAACAGAGCCCUUCGGACAGUAGUGAAUGUACCAGGCUCCUAACCAAGGUGCUUCCCCGGCAGCAGGAGCAGGAGCAGGAGCAGCAGCAGCAGCAGCAGCAGCAGCAGCAGCAGCAGCAGCAGCAGGAGCAGCAGCAGCAGCAGCAGCAGCAGCAGCAACAGCAACAACAACAACAACAACAGCAGCAGCAGCAGCAGAAACACCAGCAGCAGCGGCAGCAGCCAUCACAACAACAGCCACAGCCACAGCCACAGUCACAACCACAGAAGCAGCAGCAGAGGCAGCAGCAGAGGCAGCAGCAGCCGCCGCGACAGCAGCAGAAACAACAGCCACUGCAGCAACAGGGAAAGUAGAGAUCGGAGGUGAGCUGCCCACCCUCCCUCCAGCAUUUUGGAUUGCUGCUCCUUUUCCAGCCAGCCGGACCAGAGCCACCAGAGCAGGGGGGAGAGGACCAGGGUGGUGGGGGGAAAAGCCAUCCAUGUGGCAUGUGGAGCAGCAAAGGUGGGAGGAGUGGGAGCCUUUCCCCAAGGAGGAGCAUUUCCACUAGAGUCCAUUUCAAAACCCGAAUCCAAAGAAGAGGGCUUCAAGAGUUCCUGAUGGUGGAUGCAAGAUGGGAAACAGGCAAGUGUGUGGCCACAGGGAUUUCUAUUUUUGCUGAAGGAUCAGCAGCAGUCCACACUUGCUGUUCAAGUACGAGUGACUCACGGGGGAGCCAACUGCAAAUGAAGCUUCGGCCCUAUUUUUUUCAUUGUUAGGAAUCUGUCAUAUGCCCUAAUUCUAUGUCUUAUGUUGUUGGGAUUAAACUUGGAUAAGACAAAAUG